AUGACUGAUAAAAAGUUUCAAAUUGGACCACUGGAGACUAGAACGACGCUUCCUGCCUACCCUUGGUAAUGUGGAUGUGCUAGCUAACAGUUAGCUGGCUAACGUUAUAUAUCCCACACAAGCUAAAGACAACAUUGUUCCCUCUUUUGUAACAAUAUAGUAAUAACUUUAUAUCUGGUUGACCAAAUAAUUAUAUGUACACUGAACAAAAGAUAAACGCAACAAUUUCAAGAUUUUACUGAGUUACAGUUCAUAUAAGGAAAUCAGUCGAUUGAAAUAAAUUAAUUAGGCCCUAAUCUAUGGAUUUCACAUAACUGGGAAUACAGAUAUGCAUCUAUAUAUACAAAAGUAUGUGUAUACCACUUCAAAUUAGUGGAUUCGGCUAUUUCAGCCACACCUGUUGCUGACAGCUGUAUAGAAUCGAGCACACAGCCAUGCGAUCUCCAUAGACAAACAUUGGCAGUAGAAUGGCCUUACUGAAGAGCUCAGUGACUUUCAAUGUGGCACCGUCAUAGGAUGCCACCUUUCAAACAAGUCAGUUCGUCGAAUUUCUGCCCUGCUAAAGCUGCCCUGGUCAGCUGUAAGUGCUGUUAUUGUGAAGUGGAAACGUCUAGGAGCAACAACGGCUCAGCAGCGAAGUGGUAGGCCACACAAGCUCACAGAAUGGGACCGACGAGUGCUGAAGCACGAAGCGCGUAAAAAUCGUCUGUCCUUGGUUGCAACACUCACUACUGAGUUCCAAACUGCCUCUGGAAGCAACGUCAGCACAAUAACUGUUAGGAGCUUCAUGAAAUGGGUUUCCAUGGCCGAGCAGCCGCACACAAGCCUAAGAUCAUCAUGCGCAAUGCCAAGCGUCGGCUGGAGUGGUGUAAAGCUCGCCGCCAUUGGAUGGAUGAAUCUGGGUUUGGUAGAUACCAGGAGAACACUACCUGCCCUAAUGCAUUGUGCCAACUGUAAAGUUUAGUGGAGGAGGAAUAAUGGUCUGGGGCUGUUUUUCAUGGUUCGGGCUAGGUCCCUUAGUUCCAGUGAAGGGAAAUAUUAACACUACAGCAUACAAUGACAUUCUAGACGAUUCUGUGCUUCCAACUUUGCGGCAACAGUUUGGGGUAGGCCCUUUCCUUUUUCAGCAUGACAAUGCCCCCAUGCACAAAGCGAGGCCCAUACAGAAAUGGUUUGUUGAGAUCGGUGUGGAAGAACUUGACUGGCCUGCACAGAGCCCUGACCUCAACCCCAUCGAACACCUUUGGGAUGAAUUGGAACGCAGACUGCGAGCCAGGCCUAAUCGCCCAACAUCAGUGCACGACCUCACUAAUGCUCUUGUGGCUGAAUGGAAGCAUGUCCCUGCAGCAAUGUUCCAACAUCUAGUGGAAAGCCUUCCUAGAAGAGUGGAGGCUGUUAUAGCAGCAAAGGGGGGACCAACCCCAUAUUAAUGCCCAUGAUUUUGUAAUGAGAUGUUCGAUGAGCAGGUGUCCGUAUACAUUUGGUCAUGUAGUGUACCUUUAAAAAAAAAAAGAGUAGGGGCGUGGAUCAGAAAACCAGUCAGUAUCUGGUGUGACCACCAUUUGCCUCAUGUAGCGCGACACAUAUCUUUCCCAUAGGCUGUUGAUUGUGGCCUGUGGAAUGUUGUCCCAUUCCUCUUCAAUGGCUGUGUGAAGUUGCUGGACAUUGGUGGGAACUGGAACACGCUGUAAUACACUUUGAUCCAGAGCAUCCCAAACAUGCUCAAUUGGUGACAUGUGUAGUGAGUAUGCAGGCCAUGGAAGAACUGGGACAUUUUCAACUUCCAGGAAUUGUGUACAGAUCCUUGCGACGUGGGGCCAUGCAUAAUCAUGCUGAAACAUGAGGUGAUGGCAGCGGAUGAAUGGCAUGACAAUGGGCCUCAGGAUCUCGUCACGGUAUCUCUGUGCAUUCAAAUUGCCAUUGAUAAAAUGCAAUUGUGUUCGUUGUCCGUAGCUUAUGCCUGCCCAUACCAUAACCCCACUGACACCAUGAGGCACUCUGUUCACAACGUUGACAUCAGCAAAAUGCUCGCCCACACGACGGCAUACACACUGUCUGCCAUCUGUCCGGUACAGUUGAAACCGGGAUUCAUCCAUGAAUAGCACACUUCUCCAGCGUGCCAGUGGCCAUCGAAGGUGAGCAUUUGCCCACUGAAGUUGGUUACGAUGCCGAACUGCAGUCAGGUCAAGACCCUGGUGAGGACGCCGAGCACGCAGAUGAGCUUCCCUGAGAUGGUUUCUGAUAGUUUGGGCAGAAAUUCUUGUUGUGCAAACCAACAGUUUCAUCAGCUGUCCAGGUGGCUGGUGUCAGACGAUCCCGCAGGUGAAGAAGCCGGAUGUGGAGGUCCUGGGCUGGUGUGGUUACACGUGGUCUGCGGUUGAGGCCGGUUGGACGUACUGCCAAAUUCUCUAAAACAAUGUUGGAGGGGGCUUAUGGUAGAGAAAUGAACAUUCAAUUCUCUGGCAACAGUUCUGGUGGACAUUCCUGCAGUCAGCAUGACAAUUGCACACUCCCUCAAUUUGAGACAUCUGUGGCACUGUGUUGUGUGACAAAACUGCACAUUUUAGAGUGGCCUUUUAUUGUCCCCAGCACAAGGUGCACCUGUGUAAUGAUCAUGCUGUUUAAUCAGCUUCUUGAUAUGCCACACCUGUUAGGUGGAUGGAUUAUCUUGGCAAAGGAGAAAUGCUCACUAACAGGGAUGUGAACAAAGUUGCACAAAAUCUGGGAGAAAUAAGCGUUUUGUGCAUAUUUCAGCUCAUGAAACAUGGGGCCAACACUUUACAUGUUGUGUUCAUAUUUUUGUUCAGUAUACAUACAGUGGGGGAAAAAAGUAUUUAGUCAGCCACCAAUUGUGCAAGUUCUCCCACUUAAAAAGAUGAGAGAGGCCUGUAAUUUUCAUCAUAGGUACACGUCAACUAUGACAGACAAAUUGAGAAAAAGAAAUCCAGAAAAUCACAUUGUAGGAUUUUUAAUGAAUUUAUUUGCAAAUUAUGGUGGAAAAUAAGUAUUUGGUCAAUAACAAAAGUUUCUCAAUACUUUGUUAUAUACCCUUUGUUGGCAAUGACACAGGUCAAACGUUUUUCUGUAAGUCUUCACAAGGUUUUCACACACUGUUGCUGGUAUUUUGGCCCAUUCCUCCAUGCAGAUCUCCUCUAGAGCAGUGAUGUUUUGGGGCUGUCGCUGGGCAACACGGACUUUCAACUCCCUCCAAAGAUUUUCUAUAGGGUUGAGAUCUGGAGACUGGCUAGGCCACUCCAGGACCUUGAAAUGCUUCUUACGAAGCCACUCCUUCGUUGCCCGGGCGGUGUGUUUGGGAUCAUUGUCAUGCUGAAAGACCCAGCCACGUUUCAUCUUCAAUGCCCUUGCUGAUGGAAGGAGGUUUUCACUCAAAAUCUCACGAUACAUGGCCCCAUUCAUUCUUUCCUUUACACAGAUCAGUCGUCCUGGUCCCUUUGCAGAAAAACAGCCCCAAAGCAUGAUGUUUCCACCCCCAUGCUUCACAGUAGGUAUGGUGUUCUUUGGAUGCAACUCAGCAUUCUUUGUCCUCCAAACACGACGAGUUUAGUUUUUACCAAAAAGUUUCAUCUGACCAUAUGACAUUCUCCCAAUCCUCUUCUGGAUCAUCCAAAUGCACUCUAGCAAACUUCAGACGGGCCUGGACAUGUACUGGCUUAAGCAGGGGGACACGUCUGGCACUGCAGGAUUUGAGUCCCUGGCGGCGUAGUGUGUUACUGAUGGUAGGCUUUGUUACUUUGGUUCCCAGCUCUCUGCAGGUCAUUCACUAGGUCCCCCGUGUGGUUCUGGGAUUUUUGCUCACCGUUCUUGUGAUCAUUUUGACCCCACGGGGUGAGAUCUUGCGUGGAGUCCCAGAUCGAGGGAGAUUAUCAGUGGUCUUGUAUGUCUUCCAUUUCCUAAUAAUUGCUCCCACAGUUGAUUUCUUCAAACCAAGCUGCUUACCUAUUGCAGAUUCAGUCUUCCCAGCCUGGUGCAGGUCUACAAUUUUGUUUCUGGUGUCCUUUGACAGCUCUUUGGUCUUGGCCAUAGUGGAGUUUGGAGUGUGACUGUUUGAGGUUGUGGACAGGUGUCUUUUAUACUGAUAACAAGUUCAAACAGGUGCCAUUAAUACAGGUAACGAGUGGAGGACAGAGGAGCCUCUUAAAGAAGAAGUUACAGGUCUGUGAGAGCCAGAAAUCUUGCUUGUUUGUAGGUGACCAAAUACUUAUUUUCCACCAUAAUUUGCAAAUAAAUUCAUUAAAAAUCCUACAAUGUGAUUUUCUGGAUUUUUUUCUUCUCAAUUUGUCUGUCAUAGUUGACGUGUACCUAUGAUGAAAAUUACAGGCCUCUCUCAUCUUUUUAAGUGGGAGAACUUGCACAAUUGGUGGCUGACUAAAUACUUUUUUCCCCCACUGUAACAUUGACACAUAACCUUCCAAUCCAGUCUCUCUGGACUGGAGCUUCUAAAUGUUGUUGUGGGCAAUGUGAAAGUAGUGAAGGCUUUAAUUUAGAUUUAACCCACAGGUACAAGGAAAAGUUGAUGACCAAAUGUUUGAAAGAUGCAAAGAACAAACAUCAUCUCUCAGGUGCUUUGGAUGGCCGUCGUUGGCGUUUUCUAAAUGUGGGACUUGAUGACUUCAGAGAUGGAUAUCCUACUGCUGGCACAAAGGUUUUCUCUCAGGCCCAGAGGGGCACGUCCCCUUCCAUUUUUGGGAUGCCAAGUCCUACAUCUCUUUCUGAUAAAACACAAUGGAAGCGCUUCUCGAAAGAGCAGGCUUGCUUCUCUAAGAAGAAUCCUCAGCAGCAGGCACACCGGGAGCAUGUGGCUGCAGUGGAGCACAAACUCAAACAGCAUCCUUUGGCUCUGUACCCACAUUUAGAGCAUGGCAUGCCCCCAGAGGUGAGUGGCAGGUAGAUAAGACUAAUCAGCGAUGUCAUCACAUUGCAGAUAAAAGUUGCCUCUCGAUCCUUUUUGCAAUAAGGCAUAAAGGGCUGUUUUCUCAGACACAGAAUAAGCCUAGUCCUGGACUAAAAUUAAAAAGCAUGUUGAAUGGAGAUCCUCCAUUGAAAAGGCUUUAGUCCAGGACAAGGCUUAAUCUGUGUCUGGUAAACCAGCCCCUAAAGUAUUACAGUAAUCAAGUCUUACGCUGUUCUUACAGCAGGACUUUGUUUUGCUUACUUGUAACAACACAAUAUAAUGUCCUACUGAUUGUCAUUCAUCCCAUAGUUGUUUGAUCAGGUGAUAUGUGUCCUGGAUCCGGAUAUGUGUGUGAGCAGAGCUUCUGCAGUGACUUCACCAGAAAAAGAGGAGCAGGCGGACGACUGCACUGAGCCGUGUGAAACCAUCAUGCAGCAAUCGGAGUCAGAGGAGGAAGUGAGAGAGGGACCACCUGUCAGUGCAAUAAUGUAAGUAGAUUUCUAGAGAAGUUUGUUUUGGGGCAAACUCUUCAUUACUAGGGUAUAAACUGUUCAUCAAGUGGUAUAACUACUGUUGUUACCCCUUUAUUAUUUGGUUGAAGGACGGACGAUUUCUGUGCAAAGAACCCUUACAAAGGGCUGCAAAGAAAGCAGAGCAGUGCCAAGGAAGACCAGAUAGUAAACUUCAAACGACUGCGCUCCCCAUCUCAAGACGAGGACAUCAAGAAAGUCACAAAGCUUUUCUGUGACUGGGUCACCUCAUUGGUAAGCACAGCGAACUAACCGGCCAAGAAGGUGAGGACUACACACCCUAAUUAAAGGUCAAGUAAAGAUCAUAAUGAUUGAUUAUCAUCAUAUUCUAAAUGACCUUGUAGAAGCAGGAACAGAGGCUUUAUGAUCUUAAAAUCUAACCUCCCUGGUAAAUGAAUGAUUGACUCUCACAGGGAGGAGAGAAGAACAACCUGACUGAAUCCACCCUACUGGGCCUGUUUGUCAGUGGGUAUGAGAAGAAGCCAUCCCUGACCUUCCCUAUCCAGGUGGUUGAGCCUAAGAACGUGCCAGAGGACCUACGUAACUCUGUGGAGGACCUGCGCAGAGCCCAUACCUGUGAGGACCCCUUAAAGGACUCAGAACCAUACAAGGUAUUGAGUGUCUCAGCUUGAGGCCCACGGAACUCAAAACACAGAUGAAAGAAAAUGCUUAAAUUGCUUGUACAGUUCUUCACUUUCUAAAAGGCAGUAUCCACAACUAUGUCCACAUGUCACGGUCAUCAUAAUGAUUGGACCAAGGCGCAGCGUGAUAUGCGUACAUCUUCUUUAAUAGUGUACUAGCAACACGAUACAAAACAACAAACGAAACGUGAAGUCCUCGGUUAACAACACAAACCAACACGGAACAAGAUCCCACGAAUCACAAGUGCACAAAAGGCUGCCUAAGUAUGGUUCCCAAUCAGAGACAACAAGCAACAGCUGAUUCUCGUUGCCUCUGAUUGAGAACCACCCCGGCCAACAUAGAAACACAUAACCUAGAACAGAACAUAGAAAACGAAACAUAGACACUACACAAAGAAACUAACACCCUGGCUCAACAUACAAGAGUCCCCAGAGCCAGGGCGUGACAGUACCCCCCCCCCCCCCAAAGGCGCGGACUGCGACCGCACCAGCAUAAACCCAACAGGGGAGGGGCCGGGUGGGCAUUCCACCUCGGAGGCGGAUCCGGCUCCGGGCGUGACCACCACCCUCUAACAACCCCCCCGUAGCGCCCCUGGUCUGGUCUGGCCCCGGUGGCUGGAGGUGGACUGGACAUCGGUGGAGCGGAUUGCUUAGGCUCCGGUGUGGAGCAGCUGACCGGUACCUGACCAGGCACCGGUGAAACAGGCACGGGCUGUGCCGGACUGACGAUGCGCACCACAGGCUUGGUGCGGGGAGCAGGGACGGGCCGGACCGGGCUGGCGACGCGCACCACAGGCUUGGUGCGGGGAGCAGGAACAGGCCGGACCGGGCUGGCGACGCGCACCACAGGCUUGGUGCGGGGAGCAGGAACAGGCCGGGCUGACGACGCGCACCAUUGGCUUGGUGCGGGGAGCAGGAAUGGGCUGGACCGGGCUGACGAAGCGCACCACUGGCUUGGUGCGGGGUGCAGGAACAGGCUGGGCCGGGCUGGCGACGCGCACCAUUGGCUUGGUGCGAGGGGCAGGAACAGGCCGGCCCGGGCUGGCGACGCGCACCAUAGGCUUGGUAUGAGGGGAGCAGGAACAGGCCGGACCGGGCUGUGGAGACGGACUGGAGGUCUGGAGCGAAGAGCUGACACAACCCGUCCUGGCUGAAUGCCUAUUUUUACACACUCUGUGUGAGGCAUCAGCACAGGACGUACAGGGCUGUGUACUCGUACUGGCACUACAGCACGUGACACUGGCGCAGGAUAUCCGGGACCGAGGAGGGGUACUGGAGGCCACGAGCGUUGAGCCGGCACACUCCGUCCUGGCUGCAUGCCCACCUUAGCACGACACGUGCGUGGUGCUCGCACAGGACGUACCGGACUGUGCCGGACCACUCGCGGCACAGUACGCAGCUCCGCAUACCCCGGAACCUGCCCAGUCUCACGCUGCCUAGCCUGAGUACGGGGAGUUGGCUCUGCUCUACAUCUAGGCUCCACCAACCUCCCUUCCAGCCCCCCAAACCCGGUGGCCUCCUCUCCUAAUCCACAACCUCGCCCAGUAGCUACCUCCAGCAGCCCCGUCGUCCAUGCCGUGUGCCCCCCAAAAAACAUUUAUUGGGGUUGCCUCUUGUGUGUCCGACGUCGGCCCGGUUGGCGCCGCUGCUCCUCUCUAUGGCGCACCUCCACCGUCUCCUCCCACGGACGGCGAUCCAUUCCGGCCUGGAUUUCCUCCCAAGUCCAGGACCCCUGCCCGUCCAAGAUCUCCUCCCAAGUCCAGGCUGUCUGCUCCUGGACACGCUGCUUGGUCCUGUUUUGGUGGGAUCUUCUGUCACGUACGUCGAAAUGAUUGGACCAAGGCGCAGCGUGAUAUGCGUACAUCUUCUUUAAUAGUGUACUAGCAACACGAUACAAAACAACAAACGAAACGUGAAGUCCUCGGUUAACAACACAAACCAACACGGAACAAGAUCCCACGAAUCACAAGUGCACAAAAGGCUGUCUAAGUAUGGUUCCCAAUCAGAGACAACAAGCAACAGCUGAUUCUCGUUGCCUCUGAUUGAGAACCACCCCGGCCAACAUAGAAACACAUAACCUAGAACAGAACAUAGAAAACGAAACAUAGACACUACACAAAGAAACUAACACCCUGGCUCAACAUACAAGAGUCCCCAGAGCCAGGGCGUGACACCACAUCAGUGAUGACAUGUUUUAUUUGUUUCCUGCCUACGGAAAAAAAAAUAUAAUGCACAUGUUCAACAGAGCAAACCAAGAACUAAAAGGACCAAAUAUGGAGCAUGGUACCUGGAUACUAAAACAUGGAAGAAAAGAGAUGCUGAUGAACCAUUACGAGAUCCCAAUGUCAUCCCUGAGGACUUUGAGUUUCCAGCACAACCAAGUGAAAUGGUGGGUCUUUGGUAUAACUCUUACACUUGUCCUUGUUCUUUGUGGGUAAAAAUUAGACAACUGGCUUUGACUAUCAAUCAGAAUAUCAAUCCCCAUUGACGGUUCAGGCGAAAUUAUCUGAUAUAAUUUGUCUUCUCAAUAGGAUGAUGAACUGAAACAGAUGCAUGGGACUCAAGCGUUCAAGCAGUUCAUCAUCAGCAAAGGGCUGAGGGUGCCUAGGGUAAGACAACAUUGCUUCACAUGUUUACGCAGGUCGUGCUUCACAGCACAGGUGUUUGAAUUUCAAUGUCAGUUAAUAUAUAUAUAUAUAUAUAUUUUUUUUUUUUCAAUAAAUUAGUUGGCUUUUAAACUUGGGUUUAUUUUCUUAUAUUUUGCAGUUUCUGAGUACUCUCUUUGAAGAAGAGGAGCAAGACAACCGAUCAAGGCCAGAUGCAGCAGGCUCGGCUUCAACACGGAAAGGGAGUGUUCCUUUAGGCAAUAUGUAG